GUUUGCGCACGGCAUCCACUACAUGCCAUCACCAUGGGUGAGAUUGACUCCUUGAGCGACCAUUCUGAAAUCGUAUGGCAUUUACGCACAUCAUCACAUGAACUUUCCCCCUCACCUGCAUUAACUAACUUCCUUAGCUCUAAUUCGAGCGAAAACCGAACGGCUUCCGAGAUCCCUGUAUUUUCAUCCGAGGUUGCUGUUACCUCAAACUCCACAUGUGUGUAUUCUGCGGUACCCAGUAUCCACCCGACAUUUUCUCGCCUUUUGAGAUCUGUCUAUUGGAGCAAGACCCGUGCGACGGCGGAUGCACCGCCGUUACAGUGCACGGUAUUACUCUUGGACGAUCACGUGGUAGUUUACGACCUACAGAACGGAGCUAAUGGUUGCGAGUUGUUUCAAUUAGUCGCAGAGCAUCUGAAACUGGAAGAACCGGAUCACUUUGGUCUAACAUAUCAUCUCACUCGUAGUACCGGCGUAAAUCCAGUGGUAACAUUAGCCCCACAUGAACCCGGGUCCCCUACUGAUGCAUCAAGUGAUGGAAUUCGACAAGCUCCAAGACGGAUCAGAUCCAAGAGAGUCCCACUUCCAUGCCGCUCCAUCAUUUCGCCGUGUGACGAUUUUGUGAAUUUCUCUUUUACCGACGGACCUUUCUGGCUUAAACUGGACCAGAAAAUUUUCGAUCAGUGCCACAGCUGCACUUGUUCCUUUUGCUUCGAGGUUAAAUUCUACGUUCCCCAUCCCGAACGCUCUAUUGAUUGUCUAAAUACGAGACGCCAGUACUACCUACAACUUCGGCGGCAUCUUUCAACUGGAAGGUUACAGUGUUCUUUUCAUGUUCGUGUUUUUCUCGGGGCUUUGAUAGCCCAAAUGGAUUUGGGCGAUUUCCAUCCACGCCAUUCAUUGUGCCUCGAUUCGCUGAGUGUGCCGCAUCUGUCUAUCACAAAUGACUAUCCUCCCGGUAAAUCUAUUUCGUCAGCAGAAUCUCGCAGUCUUCUUUCGUCUCGCACAUGUAGUCUGGCCUCCCCGGAACAUAGUGAUGAGGAACCGGAGACCGUUUGGGACUAUCGCUCUAACUUGACUUCCAAUUGCGUCUAUGAAAUGCAGUCUGCGCAACCUCUCACCAACACCAUGAACUUCGAUUCCGGAUCAAUUAGUCAUCACGAUUAUUCCGCAAUUUUGCCUUAUUUCGAUCAACGGUUCCAUGCACAUACUCUCACCAGUACAAGUGACGAAUUCCCUGCCAGUCUUGCGGGAGCAAGACACCGCAUCAGAGUUAGCUGGCCAUAUCCACGACCCACCAAAAGUGAUGCACAGGCCAUCCUACGACACGUCGCCCGGGCCCAUCGCAAACUACAGUGA